AUGUCCGGCCCUCUUUUCGGCAUCGUUCCGGCUGGUCAGCCUCUGUUGACGGACCCAACAUCGGCACCCUCAGGAACUUCCUUUCUCUACUCCGUGUCCGCCGCCCGACCAUUCUCCCACAUUACUGUCCUACUGCUCCCCGGCAUCGUCCUACCUCCGAAUACUGCCGCUGCCAUCUACUUCGCCACGGCUUCCGACGUCUCCGCCGCCACAGCCACGGGUCAAACCCCAAACUUCAAAUUCCUCGGCGGUAUAGGAACGGGUAAAGAGAGCGCCACCUUCAAGAUCAAUGCCGGGGGUAGCACCAACAGUAGCGACAGAGAUCCAAAUACCGACAGUGUUAUGGUAGGCGUCUCCAUUGAGCCGGCCGAGUCGGUGUUCUCGCGAAUCCAGGAGCUUUCGGCAACCCGGUCAUCCCAAUCGGGCGCCGCUUCCCAGCCGUCCACGCAGCUCUUGGCGCAAAACAUCAUCAAGAACGCUUUUAACUUCCUCGCGAGCUUCAGUGGCACAGCUGGGCCUGGUGGCGUUGAGGUUGUGCCAUUAAAAGCGUUCGAGGAGUGGUGGAAGAAGUUCGAGAGCCGUGUCAGAUCCGAUCCCAGCUUUCUCGAAAGAGCGCAGGACUGA